AGCCACCCGGGCGCCCGAUUCAACAGCGCGGGUGCUGCCUCCCCCGCGCCGCCCGGGGCUGCGAUCGCGCUUUGCCAGGCAGCGGAGCGGGGCCUCCCUCGGCGCGGGCUCGGGGAUCGCCCGCAGGAGUCGCCGCUGGCGUCUCGCAGUCCCCGGCCCGGCGCACACUUCCUUGUUCCCGAACCUCAAACGUGUCGUCUCGCGAGGCUCAGCCGCCCGCCGAAGCCUCGGCCCUCCCUCCGCGCAACCCCGAGGUCCCCGCCGCGCUGCGGCUGGAACCCCGGCCCUGCGCUCCAGCCCGGCGUCGCUCCCGCUGCUCUGCCCGGCCGCCGGCCUGCGCUGUCGGGGGUGGGGAGCUAGAUGUUCACCCUGCCUCAGAAGGAAUCCAGGGCACCUGCCACCUGCCUGGGCCCAACCUCCAUCCAGGAUCUGGACAGUAACUAUGGGGAUGAUCUGGAAAGAGAAUGCUCCAGAAAACCAGACCGGAAGCUGCCAGAGUAUUGUGGAGCGAGUGGUCCCACUGCCAUGUUGUCCUCAGACAGCUCCUGCCUGUCCUCGAGAGGAAGAGUCAUUAAGUGGUUCUGGGACUCGGCAGAGGAGGGCUACAGGACCUACCACAUGGACGAAUAUGAUGAGGAUGAGAACCCCAGGGGCAUCAUUAAUUUGGGCACCAGUGAAAACAAACUCUGCUUUGACCUACUCUCCACACGGCUGAGUCAGAGCGACAUGCUGCGGGUGGAGCCAUCCCUGCUGCAGUACCCUGACUGGAGGGGACAUCUGUUCCUUCGGGAAGAAGUGGCCAGAUUCCUGUCUUUCUACUGCAAGAGCCCCAACCCCCUUAAACCAGACAAUGUGGUUGUCCUGAAUGGCUGUGCCUCUCUCUUCUCUGCUCUGGCCAUGGUGCUGUGUGAGGCAGAGGAGGCUUUCCUGAUCCCUGCACCUUACUAUGGGGCCAUCACACAGCACGUCUAUCUUUAUGGCAACGUCCGGCUGGUGUGUGUCUAUCUGGAAAGUGAGGUCACUGGGCUGGACACACGUCCCUUCCAGCUCACCGUGGAGAAGCUGGAGAUGGCCUUGCAGAGAGCCAAUUCUGAGGGUGUGAAGGUCAAAGGUCUCAUCCUCAUCAACCCCCACAACCCUCUGGGUGACAUCUACUCCCCAGGAGAGCUGCGGGACUACCUGGAAUUUGCCAAGAGGCAUGAGCUGCACGUGAUGGUGGAUGAGGUCUACAUGCUGUCCGUGUUCGAGAAGCCGGCGGCCUACCGCAGCGUCCUGAGCCUGGAAGGGCUGCCUGACCCCCAGAGGACCCACGUGAUGUGGGCGACCAGCAAGGACUUUGGGAUGUCUGGGCUCCGCUUCGGCACGCUCUACACGGAAAACCGGGACGUGGCCACUGCGGUGGCUUCCCUCUGCCGCUAUCACGGCCUCAGUGGUUUGGUCCAGUACCAGAUCGCACAGCUGCUCCGGGACCGUGACUGGAUCAACCAGGUGUACUUACCGGAGAACCAUGCCCGGCUCAAGGCUGCUCACGCCUACGUGGCAGGAGAGCUCCGGGCCCUGGGCAUCCCCUUCCUGAGCCGCGGGGCGGGCUUCUUCAUCUGGGUUGACCUGAGGAAGUUCCUGCCCGAGGCCACCUUUAAGGCAGAAAUGCUGCUUUGGCGCCGCUUUUUGGACAACAAGGUGCUGCUGUCCUGUGGUCAGACCUUUGAGUGUAAAGAGCCCGGCUGGUUCCGCUUGGUCUUCUCGGACAAGGCCCACCGGCUUCGCCUGGGGAUGCAGAGGGUCCAGCAGGUGCUGGAGGACAAAUCCCGGGUGGCGGAAGAGCCCUCUUCUUGUCAGACCCAGGAGCCAAGGAGUUAGCACAGAAUGGAGGAGUCGUGACUGCUCCCGACCACAAGCCUUCGCCCCCCUGAGGACGUGAAAAGAAAACAACGUGUACCUUCUUUUGAUGACACCAUCUUUCGUCCUUUGUUGCCUAGAAACAAGUCGGAAGAACAGCGCAUAGAAGACAGAGCAUACCCAAGAAAUAAACAGGAGUGAUAGUUCCCAAGUCCCAGGAGGAAGGAGUUAAUUCUGUAUGUUCCGAUCGUUCUCCCAAGGGAGGGUGUGUGGGCCCCCAGGACACCUGGGACCUGGGACAGGCCUCCACUUGGGCGGCGACAGACAAGACACAGUGGGGGCGAUCAGGAAGAGCUCCUCUGCCUCCUCCUUCCUGGCAAGGAACUGCCUUCACCAACCAUGUCAAACCCAAGUGAGCCACCCAUGACUGCUGGGGGGAGCAUAGGGCUAGACUUGAACCCAGGCUGGCCCUUCCAUCCUAAGCAGGCAAGGGGCCACUUGAGCCAUCCUCAGGGGAGCUUGAGUUUGGAGCCCAAGUGGGCUUUCUGGACUGACGUUAAAGCUGUGUGCGGAGGACUCUUCUCUGGGGUAGAAAAGCAGUCUCUUUCCUUGCUUCUGUUUUAAGAGAAUGUCGGGGCCGUCGUGUGUACUUUCUGCAACCCAGAGUAUUUGAUACAGGAUUCUCUUUCCUCUGCCUUUCUGCCUUUCAUCCAUUCAUUCUUUCUCCAUCUUUCCUUGAAUACCUUCCACGUGCCAGGCACCGUGCUGGUAAUUUCUGUGCAUUAUUUCUAACUCUGACAAUCCAGGGAAGCUGACACUAUUAUCCUCCACUUGGGAGAAGAGGCCACGCAUCUCAGAGAGCUGGAAUGACAUUCUCAAAGUCACGGAGCCAGACAGCAUCAGAGCCGGGAUUCAAAGUCGGGUGGGUUUGGUUGGAAUCCUGUGCUGUUUGUACCCUGCCAAACCAGGGGCCGGCAGGCUGCUUUGACCCUUUCCCAUCCUGAGAUCCAGGCUUUGUGUUGUCACCGUCAGUGCCUUCAAUUAUUGUUCAGUGCCUUUGGCUAUCGCUCCUUUCUGUUCCCACUUCCAGGAAACUCUGCUACUGGGAUUUGUUGACUCACUGGGAAGCCUUCAGGUUUUACGGGCCAGAGUAAGAACGGCCAAAAAAAACCUCUGUUGUGGCGCUGCCCUUGUGGUUGAGGGUCCCCCAAGGAAGGACUGCUGUGAUACACUCUGUUUAGAAUUCUCUGAAGAAAGACUCCUAGUUCUCUAGCGGGCAUCCCGCUGCCUUCCCAGCAGAGGCAGACCGAGCGGGGGAUCGGGCCCGAACGGAGCUCCUCUGUUUCAGUCGGCAGAAGGGGGUGCCUAGGAGCCCCGCUGGCUGGUGCUGGGGGAAGGGGCGUGCUCCAUAUGUAUCGCUCUGCGGAGUCUGGGUCUGGCAUAUUCUACACCCAUCUCCGGUCCCCUGUGGGCUCACGUUUCUGCUUUGCUCCUUAGGACGGCCA